AUGGAGUAUGUUAUGCAAGCUCCCUUCGAAGAUUGGGUCGAUUGGACAGAAACUGUGCGCUCUGUGAUGUCAGAGAUUGCUGAAUUGCAGAAGAAAGUGACGGCAUAUCAGCUGAGACUUAAGCAAUCUGCCAAGCAAGAGAAGAGACUGCGUGAGGCCAAUACAAGACUUCAGAAGUCUGUGUCCGAAAUUUCCACGGACAAAGAACUAUCCUUGGAUAUCGAGCGUACCAAAGGUGGGCGGCAGCUUACACUACGUGGAUCAAUGGCUUUAGCUAUCCGUCGUAACUUCGGGAAUGUUGCGUGUGCGGAUGUGGGCAGCAUGUUGUUGGAAGACAUCACUCGGUGGACCGUGUCGAGGGCAGAGACAAGGGCAGGGUCGUCGCUGGUUGCAUCUGCGCGACUUUUCUUUCAUGGCCUCUAUGAUGAAAUCGUCAAGCCGAAAAGAUUUUCUUUGGUCAUUCAUUCAUUUCGCCAGGACGCAACCAAUUCUGGAAUCCUGAAAUGUUCCAAGCUUGCAGCACUGUUGUUGCAGACGGCUUAUUUGUCUGUAAACGACGGCGAUGAUGGUGAUGGGUUGUCCAAAGAGAUAUUGCGUGAGUGGAGGUUCGAUGAGAUUUUUGAGAGCAUUAUCCGCGUAGCAGAUGUGUUGCCAGUGAUAGAUGGAACGUCUGAAGGGGGUGUCGCUGCGGAUACUCGACAACUCGACAAUUAUCCCGGUCCUGACCCGGUUCUGAGAACUCUGAGGCACCAUGACAUUGACACCUGCGUGACCUGGUUCGUAGCCACCACGGAUGCAGGCUCGAACGAGGUGGGUGCACGCAGGAUCAUCCAUGCAGAGCUCCUGGGCAAUCCUCAGGUGUAUUACUUUGACACAACCUGCCUGGAACACUCCCAGCACCUGGUAUCAUUGACAGCUCUCAAAUGUGCGGAUCGUCUCCUCAAAGGGGUACGUAGCUGGAAAUAUUAUGCCAGCCUUGCCACAUGUGCCACGGUAUGCAGAGAUUUGUGCAAGAAGAUAUUCGAACGCUGGUCAGAAGAGCACGGUGCGCAAUCUGCUAAGAAACAUGUUCGUACACUGUUUCCUAAAGCUUGUUCUGGCAGAUGGACUGGUUGCGACAAGCCGGAGCAACGUUUCCUUCAAUGUGGCCAAUCAAAACUGUCGCCUAUCCUUUCUGACGUCAUCAUGUCGAAGAAUUCUAAAACUGAUUCCAGCUCCCGGAAAGAAAAGGAUCAUGUCGACGAGCUGGCCAUCGAGCAGCAGCAGGAGUACAGCGCAAAGAUGGGACGAUGGCGGCGUCAGGCCAAGCAGUGCUUGGAGGACCCUGUGUGGUGGCGAUGCGUGGAAGCCAUGCAUCUAUGCAGGCAGCCGCUGUCACAUGUUUCGAAUUUUCUCCAUCAGCUCCAGGACACAGACAAGGACAUGUCCCACAUUGCUCAGUUGGUUCUGGGGAAGGCAGCCAAUAUUCGGGCUGAGUUUGACAGUUUGCACCAGUCAGACUGGCUGGCGACUUUAUCCCGGGAUCUCGAGGCAGAUGAUGCACAGUUCAUUCGUAAUUUUGCGAUGCUUGACGUGAUUGAUCGGGUCACCUAUGAAUCUUCAGUAUUUUUAGUCUUAUUCACACCCUUCUAUCGGUGA